GUUGAACAUUUUUCACCUUGGAGGCCUCGCCGAGCAGAUAAGAACUCCUCUUCUCAGUUCUCACUCACACUCCCCACUCUCCGUUACAGUCACUAUGCUCUUCAAUUAGAUCUUCUCGGAGGACUUGAAUAUGAUCCUAAAUGGAUGCUACUUGAGUUCUGGGGGUAUUUGUAAACCUUACAAAGCAUGUAACUCCAAGUCCUACCGAUCUGCAUCAUCAUGCACCCCUCUGCCGCUUUCCAAGGUUAUAGUCACAUGUGUUAAACGUUCACCAGCAGCUCAUCAGUAUCCAGCAUCCUGCUCCAAAGGAUUCAGCUUCCUUGAUCUUUCUUCUGCAUCAUCACUUCUUUUAAGCAGUGAAUAUGGUGGUCUUUCGAAUGCUAUACCACAGUUACCAAGACGAAGCCAAUUGUCCUUUUCCCCUAGAGCAUCGAAGGAUGUCCCCUAUAGUUACAGAUUUCCUCCGAUGACCAAAAAGCCAAGGUGGUGGUGGAGAACCUUAGCAUGCCUCCCUUACUUGAUGCCUCUUCACGAGACUUGGAUGUAUGCUGAGACAGCAUAUCAUCUCCACCCUUUCUUGGAAGAUUUGGAGUUCCUGACAUACCCUUUCCUGGGAGCUAUUGGGAGAUUACCGAGCUGGUUUUUAAUGGCAUACUUCUUUGUUGCUUAUCUUGGUAUAGUGAGGAGAAAGGAAUGGCCUCAUUUCUUUAGGUUUCAUGUGGUGAUGGGGAUGCUACUUGAGAUUGCCCUGCAGGUUAUUGGGACUAUAAGCCGUUGGAUGCCACUUGCGGUAUACUGGGGCAAGGUUGGUAUGCACUUUUGGACGGCUGUUGCAUUUGCCUAUCUGUUCACAGUUUUAGAGUCCAUAAGAUGCGCACUUGCUGGGAUGUAUGCUGAUGUACCAUUUGUGUGUGAUGCAGCUUAUAUUCAGAUACCCUAUGAUUAAUGAAAGCCAACACAUAGGAUGUAAACAGAUGAGAUUAUGUUUGUUAUGCCUUUUUUGUAGGACGCUGAGGCUAGAUCAAACUGAAUUUUUAACUUGCAAUGAUCACGUUCUCUUGGGAAAUGCUUUAUGGUCUGUAACAUUCACUUUAUACUGCUGCUGUUCUUUCCUCUCCCGUCUUCCGAAGGUAUUGAUUAAGUUCUCAUUGGUUUUCA